UUCCCUACUCUUACUUCCGGGUUGCAGCCCAGUAAACAUGCUGGGUGAUGCGUUCCUGCAGUGUGUACAUGGCGAUAUCAGAAUUGGAAACUAAAGUAGCCAACUGAUGUAAAUGUGAUUUCUCAUUUAUGCGUCAAUCUUAAUAACACAUUUCAUUUUAACGGACUACAAUUUAAAGACGUUUACUAUUCGAGGUAUGUCAGGACUUCAAUACAUUGUUAUGUUGGUAACACAUUUUUAUGGAUUCUGAUCUAAACGAAGACGAUGGCCGACCUAGAAAUGCAGCCAAUAACAGAUGAUACCUCGGAUGGAGAUAGGAACACGGUCUUGAACUAUCCAAAUGGAUCAAAUGAUAAAUCAAAGCUGCCUUUGGCUGAUUCCCCAUUUUAUGACCAUCGCAUUGAAAGUGGGUUUCAUCAGAGCACAAGGACCUGCUGUCUGAAAGUUAGAAACGCCAUGCUGCACAAUGAUUGGCACAAGGCAGGCCAGUACAUGGCCAGUUACUUUCAAGCAAUAGAGGACACAAACGUGUCUGUUGCCCAGCAGCACAUAGAGAUCAUUUGGAAAACAGGAACAGACAUUCUCCACCAUCUUCCGAAUGUAACGAUGGAGAACUACAACGACUUCUAUGAACAAAUGAAGCUCUUGGGACUCAAUAAUUACCUCUUGGUUAGCCUGGAGCACAGUUUUCACCUGAUGGUAAACGGGCAGCUUGAAAAGGCCAGGCAUCAGCUGUCGAUGGCUGAGACCUGGAGGCACGGCAGGCUGUCUGAGAGCCAGUCUCAGAGGGUCAAACUGGUGCAGGCCUACCGCAGCCUACUGGACUACUUCACCUGGUGCGACAAGAGGGAAAACUUCUCCACAGCGGCAGCUUUAAGUACUGAUGAAAUGGCCGCGCUGGACAUGGAGACCGUCUACAAGAAGUCCACUGUGAACUUGAAGGAGAUUUUGAAGAACCCAGGUGUAUGGGAUCCCUUCAUACUUUGCUACAUCGAGAUGCUGGAGCACUACCAGCAGCACGAUGAGAUUUCCAAGAUUCUGGAGGACUACGCCUACGACGAGUCCUUCCCUCCCAACCCCAACGCACACGUCUACCUGUACCGCCACCUGAAGAAGACCGGCGCUCCGGAGAAGAAGCUGAGGCGUGUUUUGAAGGUUCUGCAUGACCUGGUCCCAAGCCACGAGCUGAUGCCCGAGUAUUUUACUCUCCUACUCCGGUCAGAAAAAGAGGAGGACCUUCGAAAGGCGUUAGACGUGUCUUUACUUAUGCUUGACUACGCCUGCUGGAAGAUCAACUUGGCCGCAUGGACGAGUUUGAAGGCCGCCAUCAUCAAACUGAAACAACAGAACGUGGACAACUGGAAGGAUGUAGUUGGUGACAGCAUGGCGUCGAGGCGGGACUGGUGGCCGGCCUUUCACUUCACACACUUCCACGCCAAGGAGGACCUGACCACGGACCAGGCACUGCUGAAGGUCAAAGCCUGGGUGUGCAGGCUCCUGUUCCCAGGUAACAAGGUCUACAUCGUUGAAUGGCUAUCCCUGAAAAAAACCCUACCCCAGAAAGAGCCCCUACCCCAGAAACAGCCCCUACCCCAGAUGGAGCCCCUACACCUGGAAAAGACCCUACCCCUGAAAAAGACCCUACCACUGAUAGAAACACUACCCCUGAAAAAAAAACGACAAACCUCCAAAGCGAUCCCUUAGAUUAAAGGAAUACUUCACCCAUUCAGAACCGGCGUUCUAUCAUUAUAAAAUCGCUAUUGUAAUAUAUAUAAAAAGAUUUUUUUCCCCUCAGUCUAACCCAGUCUUCCCCCUUGGCCCAGCUCUCCUGAUCUAAUUUUCUCCCGAGAUGACGUCCAAUGACGCGUUUGACGUCAUCUCGGGAGAACUUAGCCUGUUAGAAGGGCGGAGGACUACAAACCACUGGUUCCGCAAAUUUGUGAGCCCACCAAUAAAGAAUGAGGGGGGGGGCGGGAGCUCGCAUACGAGAUGUAAACACAAUGUCCGCCAUGUUUCUUCACCGCUUAGCUAGAGAACAAAUUUGCAAUGUGAAAUAGCCAAAGUGGAUUUUGAAAACCUAUGUUUGGAUUCGGGCAUUCAGGGCUAUUAGUACGAGCCAGAAUACAGCCAGGAAGAAUUGACACAAAUAGAGGAGUAGGCUGCUGCGGCUGCAGCUGAACAAGCCUUGCCUGUUGCCGAGGACGAGGACGAGGACCCGGAGCGCGCCGGUUUGCUCUGUUCGCCUAUAGACACUAACACAGAGUCCCUGUGCUGCAGCGAGGUUCAGCGAUGCCAGUUUCUUCUAGAAUAAAUGGCUGAAUCUGG